AUGGCAGAUGAAGCGAACAGAAGCGCAUUUAUUGAAAUCCAAGGUCGCAUGAUCGAGACAACCGGAAAACUGAAGCAGGUUCAGAAUCAGAUGCGAAAUAAAGAAGGAGAAAAGAAAAGGGCCUACUUAACCUUGGAGGAGCUUAAACCAUUAUCUGAUGAUACAAAUACGUAUAAAUCCAUCGGGCGAACAUUUGUUUUGGAGCCCAAGUCAGUUUUAAUGGAAGAACAAGAACAAAAGCUCAAGGAUAGUGAAGCUGCUCUUGCUUCUUUGCAGACGUCAAAGGAGUACUUAGAGAAGCAGAUGGCCGAGGUGGAGACCAACCUGAGGGAGCUUUUACAACAAGAUCCUGGAAUUGCUCGUCAGAUUAUGUCCAUGUCUGUAUAA